CUCUUAGACAUCUCGCGGCUGGAAUCGUCCCCUUUGUUCUUUACCCCUGGCCAUUAGCCAUCAUGGACCUCGAAGAUACCAACCCAGACCCCGUCUACGUCGGCGUCUUCGGCAAUCGAGGCGGCCCCCGGUCUCGGACUGGAUGCCACACGUGUCGUCGUCGAAAGGUCAAAUGCGACGAAACGAAACCCGUGUGCCGCCGCUGCGCGCGUUUGUCGAGGCCGUGCGACUGGUCGUCACCGAGAAGACGGCGGGAUAGUCCACCGACGAGCAUAAGUGCAUCUGGCCAUGGUCGUCAGGCCUGCAACAGUCUACACGUCGAACCGUGUACGAUAGCUAGUGACGCGGCUGUCAUUCUAGCUGCUUCUUCGCCACUGCCUCGCUUCAGUUGGGCGUAUGACAUUCCCCUUUAUGCCCACACAUCCCAAUCUGGCCUUUGUCUGGGUCCCACAGAUCAUGCGGCGAUAUUGCUUUACCGAAGUACCUUUGUCAGUCUCCACGACACGAAAACGCCGACGUAUUCGGUCCAAUCGAUUGUCUUCCAGAUCGGCAUCUCUUCGGCCCUCGUCAUGCAUAUGGUGUUGGCAAUUGGCUUGCAGUACCUCUCUGCAUCACCGGACAGCUCGCAGCGGGGCGAGGAUAACGCGCUUUGUGUCGAUGCUGUGCGUCACUAUUGCGAGGCGAUCCGCCUUCUCGGCCAGGCAAUCAAGGGAAGCCUGCCCCGUUCAGAAUUGAACACGGUCUUGGCGGCUUUGUGGCUGAUACUCGUCUACGAACAAUACUUCGGUCAUGAUACAACUGGACAAGCACUCUGCAAGCAUCUGCAAGGCGCAGCAUCUGUGUUAGAGGCCAAUCUUCCAAGUCUUGUACCCGCUUUGCACACGGGCAGUGAGCCGCCUCUGGUAGCAGACCACUCAAUCCGUCAAGCACAGGAUCUCCCAUAUCUGACCAGUCGGUUAUUGGUGCGGUUGACAGUACUUGAUGCUCGAGCAGCUUCCUUUGGGCUAGGCGGUCAAUUGAACCUGUCACUAGCCCGAUCCAUGGGCCUGGAUCAUCCAAGUCAGACGGAGGUUCCGUGGUCCCACUUUCUCUCAGCCAUCUAUGAUCACUCGGAGCCUUUAUCUCAAGCCACUUGGGGCACUGAGUACCCUUCCACCGAGGUCGCGUACGAUGACGAUAACCAGGCGGCAUUUCAACUAUAUCGCUACUGCUCAACUUUGCGUCUCAUGGCUGCUCAGAUCAGACGUCGAGAUGGGGAGACCUCCUCUCUCAUCCCAGCUGCGAAACGGAUGCUAGAGCUUUUACAAGUGCAAUUCAGAGAACUCUUCUCAACAGCUGCACGGAUAUCUUCAUCCCUGAAGCCAAGCAACGAAGGCCUUAUCAUGACACUAUGCUGGAUUGUACCACACUACUAUGGCAGUGUCCUGGACUUUUCGCGUAUUAUCGACAUGGAUCGUCCAGAGCAGCAGAGGGCAGAAGCAAGGGAGCAGAUAUUAAAGCUUGCGUAUUAUAGCUGGGAAAAUGGCGGCGCCACAGCCAUUGCUCGCGCGUCGUGGCCUCUCUUUAUGGCCGCGUUAGCGACAAGUGAUUGCAUUCACCAGGAUUGGGUUUUGAGACGUUUUGAACAACUAAGUUGUUUUGGAAUCAACUACCGGAGGGCACAUCAAUGGCUUAAAUCUAGGAUACGUGAAAUGCGACAGGGUGUUGCGUCAGACGAACUGGACUUGACAUCUUCCUCUCAGAUCAGUCAAUUCUUUCUCUAGAUUGGAUAUCCUAACGAUGGAUACCACUAUUAUUAUAGAUUUUCUCAAUAAGAUUAAGGUUGCCAUGAGAAAUUCUUUCACCCUUUUCGGUUCUCUUGGAGGCAGCGG